AAGAGAGAGAGAGAGAGAGAGAGAGAGCACUCUAACCCUGCCCACUUUUACAAAGCCAUUCAACUCCGACAUAGUGAGGCUUCUCCAGUGCUCUGUGUACAUCAGCAGGAAAGGACACCAUCACUACUGCAGCUCAACACACUGCUCUGUCUCCCAGUCACUUUGUUCAAGGACUAAAGUAGCGUGGACACUCUCUACCUAACACGAGACUGGAGAGAGUGGACAAGAGACAUUACUAACUGGACAAAAAGAAGAGGAAUGGUUUUACAAAGCUGAGAGGAGACAAAACUGAGAGGAGACACCUGCUUUCCUGGACUUGAUAGGAUAAGUGGUUUACAAGGACUGCAGCAAAGACCUGGUUUUAUGAGGACCAAAGUAAAGAGCCUGGUCUCAAAACCUCCAUCUCCACUUUCCAACAUCCAACUUUUUGAAGCUAUAGCACCACUCUCAAAGAAGAAGCUAUAGUACCACUCUCAAAGAAGGAUUGUACUUUUCUCAAACUUGUUAUUUCAGGGAAACAGAGGUAAGGUGAAGAGAGCUCUCCGGUGUGCUGCUUCUCAUUCAGUCACCCCUUGCCGCAGUCCUCUCAUCACCCUCUCCAGGGAGUGUGUGUAUGUGUGAGUGUGUGUGUGUGUCUGUGAGUUGUCUGCGCUUUGUAGCACAGGAUGCCCUCGUUAGCCGCGUUGGCUCGGGUGCUGGCGUUGCUUCUCCCUGGGCUGCAGACAGGAUGUGGUUCCGCUACGGUAGCGGGAUCACUUGCGGCGGUGGAUGGAGCUACACGGGGACAGGAGCAGGUGGAGGAGAUCCAGGUGACCCCCUGUCCUUCCUGUGUGCUGGCCCAGAUGAGGAGUGACUACCUGGGCUCGGACCCGGGUUCUGUCCCGGCCCCUCCUGGAUCUGAGUCAGCAUCUGAAUCGGCUCAGACGUCGGCUCAGACAGACAUGGUGGAAGCGGUGAAGCAGCACAUCCUCGACAUGCUCCAUCUCAGCGCGAGGCCCAACGUCACCCACCCGGUGCCGCGCGCCGCCCUGCUCAACGCCAUCAAGAAACUACACGUGGGCCGCGUGGGCAAGGAUGGCAGCGUGGAGAUCCAGGAGGAGGGGCCGGGGGGCGGCGCGGGGGCGGCACCGCCACCCGAGCCGCCCUCCGAGAUCAUCACCUUUGCCGAGCCAGGCGACACUACAUCCGCUGUGACCUUUGACAUUUCCAAGGAGGGCAGUGAGCUCUCAGUGGUGGAGCAGGCCAACAUGUGGCUCUUCCUCAAGCUGGCCAAGGGGCAAGGGCGAGGCAGGGGCAAGGUGAACAUACAGCUUCUGCAGCACCGCCAGCAGAAGACCAAAGCACCAGGCUUUGCCUUCAACGAGACCCAGGGCGAGGAGGAGGAGUUGGUGUCUGAGAAGAUGGUGGAUACGAGGCGCAGCGGCUGGCACACGCUCCCCGUGUCACACAGCAUCCAGUCCCUCCUGGACACCGGUGGCAGCGUCAUCGAUCUGCGAGUCUCCUGCCCGCAGUGCACCGAGGCGGGGGCCACACCCAUCUUGGUCCACACCGAGGGCGAGCAACCGGGACGGGAGAGGGACCAAUCCCACCGGCCUUUCCUCAUGGUCGUAUUGCGGCCCGGCAUGGAGGAACACGCUCGCCGACGCGUCAAACGCGGCCUGGAGUGCGAUGGAAAGAUGCACAUCUGUUGCAAGCGGCAGUUCUAUGUCAACUUCAAGGACAUCGGCUGGAACGACUGGAUCAUCGCGCCGCCGGGCUACCACGCCAACUACUGCGAGGGCGACUGCCCCAGCCACGUGGCCAGCAUCACGGGCUCCUCGAUGUCCUUCCACUCCACUGUCAUCAACCACUACCGAAUGCGGGGCUACGCGCCCUUCCAGAACACCCAGUCGUGCUGCGUGCCCACGCGGCUACGCGCCAUGUCUAUGCUCUACUACAACGAGGAGCAGAAGAUCAUCAAGAGGGAUAUCCAGAACAUGAUUGUGGACGGGUGUGGCUGCUCAUAAGAGACAGUGAUAGAGAGCAGAUAUAUAUAUAUAUAUAUAUAUAUAUCUUUAUAGACUCACCAAUAACAAGAAGACACCCGUUGGGCCGUUUAUCCCUUCAAACAAAAACAAUACAUUUUUUGGGGGAGUCAUGUAAAAAAUGUGUUGACUGACUGAUCUGUCCGUUUUGUCUGAUUAUCGGAUGGGAAAUUGUGAACUUCUCUUUCAGAUUUAAAAAAAGGGAAUACAGAAUAUAUUUUUGUUGAAUGGAGAGCAAGAGUGGGACUACUUAUGUGAUUCCUGCUUCUCUGCACUACAAUGAACUUGGGAACAAUUUUCCCUGAAAGAAAAAACUAUGCAACUGAUCAAGUAUUACCGUGUGGUCUUUUUAAUGUCUCUUUACACAUUAUUGGUGUUUUGAUUUAUUUUUUCAUUUGUAUAAAAGGAAGACUUUUUUUUUUUGCUAAUUUUGUUGUUGUUUUUGUUCAAAUGCGCGUCUAUGUUUCAGUUGUUUUGUAUUGUUACUGUUGAGAGAUACUUGAAAGAAAUAGGUUUGACCAGCUACUGGAGCCAAACACUUUUAUAAUUAAUAACAAGUUUUUUUUAAUUAUUAUUAAUAUUUCUGAACUAUUUUGUCUUUUUACAUGAAAAACAAUUAUUAAUGGUGAAAUUUGCACUAUACCAACAUUCUUGCCAACUUGAUCACAUUGACGGUAAAACACCAAACAGAUGAAAAGAACCGCUACGAACUUCUCAAGAAGAGUUUUUUUUCCAACACUGUAAAAAAAAAGUUGUAUAUUUGAAAGAACUUCUGAAAGAAAUGCGGUUGAGUCUAUCCUAAUCAUGGCAUGGAGUUCCAUGACAGAAAUCUAUCACUUGAUGAUUUAUUUCAGUGACAAAUAAUCAUGUAGUUUAGCUAAAAGUAGUAUUGCUAGGUUUUACACAGUCAAAUGGA